CUCGUUCGCCGGCGCCUAACGACCACAUCCCGUUAAAGCAAACAGUCUUACUUUUUGUUUCGAACCGGAUCAGCCUAUUUGUUCGUGGAUUCCAUUGUUGUGCGCCACACUAUGAUUCAUUCCCAUCAGCUCAAUAGCGCGCUGAGAUAGACACCGGUGAUUCGACAAUGAGUGAGGACGAGAAAACGAGAGGUUUGAUAACCGAUGUUCAAAUGACCCCUGGAAAGAUGGAUGUUGCGAGACCCAAAUGGAACGGGCGGCUGGAGUUCAUUCUGUCCACUGUGGGCUACGCGGUGGGGCUUGGCAAUGUUUGGAGGUUCCCCUACCUGUGCUACAGUAACGGUGGAGGAGCUUUUUUGGUUCCCUAUCUCACCAUGGUAAUCUUGUGUGGCAUCCCGCUACUGCUUAUGGAGUUUGCGAUCGGUCAGUUCACCCAUCUAGGGCCAGUGCACGCUUUAGCCAAAGUCUGCCCUCUGUUUAAAGGUGUCGGUCUUGCCACUGUGGUUAUCUCCUAUGUCUUCUGCACUUACUACAAUGUGCUCAUGAGCUGGGCCCUUUUCUAUUUGUUCAACUCCUUCGGAGCAACACCUCCAUGGAAGACAUGCGACAACAGUUGGAAUGUCUUUAAGAACUGUUCCAGUGGUUUACCUGGCAACACUUCAGAUCUGCAGUCGGCAAGCCAACAGUUCUUUGAUCACAGGCUUCUGAAGAAAACUAAUGGAAUUGAAAAUGUCGGUGACCUUCAGUGGGAACUCUUCGGCUAUCUCUUCCUUGCCUGGGUCAUUGUGUAUUUAUGCAUUUUUAAAGGAGUGAAAUCAACUGGAAAGGUGGUUUAUUUCACUGCUUUAUUUCCUUAUUUCAUCUUGUUCGCCCUGCUCAUUAACAACAUGCAACUACCUGGUGCCAAAGAGGGUGUCCUGUACUUCGUGACACCUGUCUGGAACAAACUUUUUGAAGUGAAGGUUUGGGUUCAUGCAGCUGCCCAAGUGUUUAAUUCCCUGGGAAUUGCUUUUGGUUCCAUGAUUUCAAUGGCAAGUUACAACAACUUCAACAACAACAUUGUGAGAGAUGCAUUGAUUGUAUCGUUCAUCAACUCAUUCACAAGCAUUCUGGCUGGCUUUGUGAUCUUCUCAGCUAUUGGCUUUAUGUCACACGUACAUAAUCUUCCAGUCAACAACAUAUCUACAGAUGGUCCCGGUCUUGUAUUUGUUGUGUACCCCGAAGUUCUUUCCACAAUGCCCGCUUUUCGACUGUGGGCUCCACUCUUCUUCAUUAUGCUGCUCUGUCUUGGUCUGGACAGCCAGUUUGCAACAGUUGAAGUGGCUUUGACAUUCAUAAAAGAUGAAUUUAGAGCCAAAGUCCUGCACUACCUCAAGAGGGAAGAGCUGCUGGCCCUGUUUGUCUGCAUUGUCAGCUUUCUUCUCGGGAUUCCACACGUUACUAAGGGAGGCAUAUACGUGUUUCAACUGAUGGACCACUACACUGCAGUGGUGUCCCUCAUGUUCUUGGCUUUCUUUGAGGUCAUAGCAGUCUGCUGGUUUUUUGGGGUCCCUCGCCUUUCACAUAUGAUCAAGAAGAUGCUAGGAAAGCGUGUGAACAUCUACUUCCGCAUCUGCUGGUUGCUUAUUUGUCCUUUGCUGGUGCUGUGCAUACUGGUUUCCAGUAUCAUCCAGUACACUCCUGUCAAGUAUGGGACGUAUAGGUACCCAUUGUGGGCCGAAUGGGUGGGUUGGGGCGUCUCACUGAUCUCCCUAAUAUGGAUUCCCAUUGGAGCUAUUCACGAGAUCUAUAACAACAAAGGCUCUUUUCUUUCGAGGAUCAAAACAGCUGUGACUACCACAAUAGACCCGGCCGGUGAGGAUCCUCUUCCUGAAAAACAAAACCUGAACAACCCAAUGGCUGAAAAAGCAAUCGAACACCUUACCACAACACUUUGAAUUUGUUUUAAUUUUGUUUUAUGAAAAUAUUUUGUAUAAUGGAACAAACAUCUAGCCGACAAACACGCAUUAGGACGGUACGUACAAUAUUUAUUUUAUUACAAAUAUUAAGAAAUAAACGAUUACAGCACAAGUUUCAAACUUCCCACACAUUCUGGCAUGUCUAAUAACUAAUUGAACACAUCAUACUACAGUGGAGAAGCGCCCUUGCUUAUAAAACCAACUUGUGUUCCUGAGCCAAAGGAGAAACUCACUGCUUCUAAAUGCAAAUAUUUUUUUUUGCAUUUGUUUUUCAUAACUUUACAUCUUUGGGACUCCAUCCACAUACUUGCAUAAAUGGAAGUUCGAUGCAAAAAUGAAAUAACCGAAUUAUUAAUUAAAAUAUGCAUAUUAUAAGUCUCAAACACAGGAAUUAUACAGAAAUUAUAAGAUUGGAAUCCUCAGGAGGGUCGUGAAAGCUAAAUGUCAAACUGACAGUCACUGCCUCUUAUGUAAUACUGUAUAUGUGAAUGGACAUACUGUACUGUAGGUGAAAGCCAAAUUGCAAGGCAGUAGCAGUGAGCUUACAAAUUUGUGUUAAAAUCAGUUUAGGGCUUGUGGGGGCAGGGUUUUAUUAGUUGUUCUGACAGAUUUAUGUCAUAAAAUGGCACGUGCUAUUUAGCUUACAUAUUGAGGAAAAGGUGUGAUAUGACCACAUCAACGAAAUGAAUGAAUGUACAUGUUGAAAGCUUUAAACAGAUUAGCCAAUACUGAAAUUAUGCAAUAUCUUUGUUUGACAACAUGAUGAUAUACAUAAUGUAUUUUUUCAUUCCAUCAGUACGGUCAUUUUUUGCUUCUUUAAUUAUUUUUAAAUAAUAUAAUAUUUUGCUUUUUUUCAUUUGAGACAUAAUUCAACAUGUUACAGAGCCCUUAAAGGGACAUCAACAGAAAAACAUUUAAACUAACUGGUGCGCACGAGCUAGUAUGUGGUGCGCCCUAGAAAUUAUCUAGUACGCACUAGGUAGUAUGUGGUGUGCAAUAGAAACUACCUGGUAUGCACAAGAUAGUUUCCAUUGUGCACCAAAUAAUUUCUAGUGCACACCUUGGUGCGCACCAGAUAGUAUGUGGUGUGCACUAGAUACUAUCUGGUGCACAUGAGAUAGUAUGUGGUCAGCACUAGAAACUAUAUGGUGCGCAACAGAUAGUAUGUGGUGUGCACUAAAAAGUAUCUAGUACACCCUAGAUAGUAUGUGGUGUGCACUGGAAACUAUCUGUGCACUACAAAACUAUCUCGUGCGCACCAAAUACUAUUUGGUGUGCACUAGAUAGUAUGUGGUGCUCACUAGAAACUAUGUGGUGCGCACUGGAUAGUAUGUAGUGCUCACUAGAAAUUAUCUGGUGCGCACUAGAUAGUAUGUAGUGCUCUCUAAAAACUAUCUGGUGCGCACUAGAAAUUAUCUAGUACAUACUAGAUAGUAUGUGGUGUGUACUAGAAACUAUCUGGUGCGCACAAGAUAGUUUCAAGUAGUCACCACACACUAUCUGGUGCGCACUAGAUAGUUUCUAGUGCUAACCACAUACUCUCUGGUGUGCACCAUAUAGUAUGUGAUACGCACUACAAAACUCUACAUACUGGUGUCCAGUGUGCACCACAUACUAUCUGGUGCGUACUAGAUAGUAUGUGGUGAGCACUAGAAACUAUAUGUUUCGCAACGGAUAGUAUGUGGUGUGCGCUAGAAACUAUCUGGCACGCAUGAGAUAGUGUGAGGUGACUACUAGAAACUAUCUGGUGCGCACUAGAUAGUUUCUAGUGCUCACCACAUACUCUCUGGUGUGCACCAUAUAGUAUGUGAUAUGCACUACAAAACUACAUACUAUCUGGUGCGCACCAUAUAGUAUGUGGUGCGCAUUUGAAACUAUCUGGUGCGCAUGAGAUGGUAUGUUGUGCGCACUAAAAAUUAUCUAGUACGCACUAGAUAGUAUGUGGUGUGCACUAAAAACUAUCUGGUGCGCACAAGAUAGUUUCCAGUGUGCACCACAUACUAUCUGGCUUGCACCAAAUAGUAUGUGUUGCUCACUAGAAACUAUCUGGUGUGCACCAGAUAGUAUGUGGUGCGCACUAGAAACACUCGUGUGCACCAGAAACAAUUUGCAAUUAAAAAAUAUGAUGUGUAGGUAAUGCAGUUAUACAGUAUCUUUAUAGUUGAGUCCAAGAAUGAAGUAAAACUCAACUAAAUUUUUAGCACGCCGAAGCUGCUGGUGUCCAAAGUGCGCCUGCAGUUGGUGGCCUAAAAAAAGGAACUUUCUGGUGCUCACCAAAUAGUUUCUGGUGCCCACCAGAUACUUUUUUGUUGCGCACAAAAUAGUUUUCUGAUGCGCACCAGAUAGUUUCUUGUUUGAACCAUAUACUAUCUGGUGUGCGCCAAAUUGUUUCUUGUGCACACCAGAUGGUCUAAAUUUAUUUCUGUCGAUGUCCCUUUAGAGGCUCUGUAACAUGUCACAUAAAGCAUGUAUACAAAAAAUGGAUACACACCCCUUUUCAAAUUACAAGUUUAUGUGGGCGAGAAGGGGACCAAUAUAAACCAAGACUUCCCCCCUCCCUUUACAUUACCUAAAACCUGUUUAACGCAGGUGGAAAAAAAUGUUUAGCUAGUAUAAGUAAAAAUAAACGACUGUAAUAUUAUGGUUGUUCAGACUGCACAUUUUAUAAAUUUAAUUAGUGCAGGUUAUCGUGAAAACAUCCUCAGUCAUAGAGGGUGUGUGCACGCUUGGGCAACCAGAUGAUCUCAGUUCAUUUUUACUUACCCUCUCUAAACAAAAUUGUGUAAAGUAUAGCUUACAUAAAUGGUGGACAACUGACAUCUGAACUGUUGUUAUCUAUUGAUAUCUACUGUUUGUUGUAGUAUGUGCUAAUGAACCGCUGUGCUCUUAAGUUUGAAGGCCCAGGCAGAAUUUGCAAUAUUCGCAAUACAGUGAUCCCUCGUUUUUGCGGUUAAUUGGGGACCAGAACCCCUUGCGAUAAGUGGAAAAAAAAAAAAACUUUUUUUUUUUUUUGUGUGUGUGUGUUCAAUGUAUUUAUUUAGAUUUAGCAUUUGAAAGAGAUACAUAUAAGACAUGUUUUUUUCACUUUUUUUCCCCCAAAGUAUAAAUAAAAAAACAAAACAAAACCU